AUGCCGCUUUUCCUGCUCUAUCUUUCCAAUAUUGGGGACAUUCUGGCCAAGAGCUUUAAGUGGACCUACGCUAAGUGUUGUCUCUGUACAGGUUGUCAACUAAGUCGUCCUUCAAAGGUAAGGAUACCACCCGAUGGCAUCCUUGGAAAAGACAAAACCUACUUCUCUAGCUUCCGCACCGCAGUAGAUAGUAACCAGAACAACUGGGGUCAUACUACUGGGGAGCAUCUAGCACACGACCACUACGUCUGCAACCGGCGUACCGCCAAGCGGUCCCGGCCACCAGCCCAUAUAGUCAUUGCCUGA